AUGGCGCCUCCAAACGCAUUGGCCUCUUUCAAAAAGAAAGAUGGCAGUCUGUCUUUGAUCGACAAUGAUACGACAUUAGCCUGGACCCCGAAUGAGGCUGGUGCCUCGGGACUGAAGAUUGCGGUGUCCAGUAUUACGAAUCUGCAGCAAACUCCAGUUUCAAACCCAAAAGUUAUGCUCAAAGUCUUUGCUGUCCCCGCAAAUUCUCCUCCAAACAGUGAUAGCACAGCAUACACCUUUCUUUUCACUGCUGCUACCGACGCGCGCACCCAGGCCGAUUCUUUCAAAGAGGUUCUCAGUACUCGCUUGAACAUGGAGAAAGCCAACACACCGUCACAGACCUCAACCCCGGUACCCGGAGCAACAGGAGCACCGUCGGCAAUGGCAAUUGCCAGUGCCGUUUCCUCGGCAGCCUCAGCUAAGAAACCAUGGGAGGAUGAUAAUCGACUAAAGUCCGACGUCAAGCUGCAGCAGGCCCUUCUGAAAAUCCACCCAGAGUUACAGCGGAUGUUUACGGAAGCCCUUCGCACCAAGCCGGACUCACUUACUGCCGCUCAAUUCAUGUCCCAGUUCUGGUCUACUCGGUUGCACCUCCUACGAGCUUAUGCCAUUGAACAGGGGCAAAAGCGCGGCUCUUACAACGUUCUCUCGUCGCUCAAGCCCCGUGUGGAGGAUAAUGUGACUCGGCUCAAUAUCAGUCAGGAACAGAUCCAGCUCAUUUUCACACAACACCCGCUUGUCAAGACUGUGUACGAUGAGAAUGUGCCUAAGCUGAGUGAGCAGCAAUUCUGGUCACGCUUCUUCCAGAGUCGACUCUUCAAAAAGUUACGUGGAGAGCGCAUUACAGAUGCAGAUGCUACCGAUGCAAUUCUGGACAAGUACCUUCGAGAGGAACCUGCUUACGAAGUACGGGAUUUCCAUGUCCCUAACUUUCUGAAUCUUGCGGGUAAUGAGGAUGAUAACAGUCAACGCCGCGGAAACCGACCUGAUGUGGAUAUGCGUCCAUCCAGCAUAGAAAAAGUACCUAUCAUCCGAACCUUGAACAGCCUGAGCGAGAAAAUUAUGGCCACCGUGUCCCGGGCAGACGGUGAAAAGACUGGUACUGGUGGAAUGGACGAUGAAGCCUGGGCACAAUUACAACUCCGAGAUCUUCGCGGGGACGAAGAACCGUCUCACAUUAAACUCAAUAUUCGCGACCAGAGUCAGUUCUUUUCAGGAGCCAAGGAUGAAGACGAGAGUGCAGCUCUAGCGAAAGAGGAUCCCGAAGAAGUCUUACGGAGUCUGCGCGCAGACGUGGCGCAGAACCUUCCAUCUGACGGAACAACACAACUUCAACGACUGAUCCAGUUUGAUGAUGACGGAGAUGAAGAGAUGAAAGAUGCACCAGCUAGUCAGCGUCCCGUCGACUCAUCCACAGCUUUCCGCGUCGCAUUUAACCAAAUCCGCGACGUGGUACGUGAGCAACGCGACCAAAUGGAGCAGCAUGAAACCACAUCCGAGACCUUCGGCCUCUCACCCGACCUGUACGACCGUGUCCUGCUAACACACUCAACUGCCGGCGAGUUCAUCCGCCAAUGGUGGCGAGCAUUCCUAUCAGGAGAUCCCAAUCGUGCCGGCGAAGUCAAAUCCCUAACCGAAUCUCUCCAGCGCUCUAAGGAGCGAAUCAAAGCCAUUGCAGAUGACGCUGAUGCGGAACGACAAGUUGAAAUUGAUCGUCUGAAGCAACACGCUCGAGAUGUUUACGAACGUACGGGUCGUAAGUUACGGAUGAAUCUGGAUAUUGAGGGUGGUGCAGCGGCUGUGAAUCAACUGCUUUCGCCUACACUGAAUGCUUUGGAUAUCGCGAUGAAGAAGUAUGAGGUUGCUUUGGCUGAAGAGAUGAAGGAAAUGGCUGCUCAGGGUUUACCUGUUUAG